GCAGCGUCAUCUGCGGCGCGUCGUCGGACGCGAGUUCAGGAGCGAGCAUGAACCUGCUGCUAUGGAUGAGCUGCGAUCAAAGCCUCCAGCCGUGAAGCGGAAAAAAGAGGAAGAAGUGGACGGAGGACUCGGAGGAAUCGAACUGGAAACCAGACUGAGCGAGCAGGUCCGUCUGCACAGACACCUGUACGACCACUCCAUGAGGGAGCACCGAGACCACCACAUGGCUCAGAGGUCCUGGGGGAAGAUCGCGCAGACUCUCGGGAAAGACGAGGUUUUCUGCAGGAAAGUGUGGAAGAACCUCCGCGACCGAUACGUACGGGCGAAGAAACGCGUGCACGCUCGCAGCGGCGAGGCUGAAGAAGAGAAGCCGUCACCGAUUGUCAUGGACAUGGAGUGGCUGUGUGACUUCGUCAAACACCGGGAGAAGGACACGGAGGACACUGCAACAAAACCGUGCAGUCCUGCAGAGGAGUCACCAGACAUCUGCUCAACAGCGGAAGACCUAUCAUCACCAAUAAUUCUCUCUGCCUAUUCCACCGCAUCGUGCCUUCCACCAUCUCCCUCACCUACAGAGUCCCCAUCACCUUGCCUCGGUGCGCCCUCGCCUUUGCCGUCCGCAUCUGGACGAAAAAGGACGCACAACGACGAGUCCUUAUCUUUGAGGUUGGAGAAGCUGCAGGUGGAGAGGAUGAAGUUCAUGCAACAGUUCAGAGAGAACCAGAAUAAGCAGGACCAGCAGCAACAAGACACACCACACACACGGUUUGCUCGGGUUUUAGUGGACAUGCUGGCUACAGUUGAUGAGGCAUACCAGCAAGAGGCCAUGCACAAACUGUACCAAGUCAUGUAUGAGUACACUACAAAAUACCCACGGCUGCCAUCCUGACAUUGUGUUCUGUGCUGUCCUCAUUUACUGUUUUUUUCUCUUAUCAUUGUUGCAUUGCAUUUCAUUGUUGAGUUGCUAUUGUUAAUUAUUAUUGUUUGACGUGGGGUUGCAUUGCUUUUCACAUUGCAUUGUGUAAUAAAACCUCUGUUUGCUUA